GCAGCCGUGAGCCGAGUGAGGUGUGCGAGUGCGUGUGCCUGGACCAGCCAUGCCUGUGAGGGAGCUGCUGCUGCUGGUGGUGGCACUGGUGGCUCUUGUUGCUGCUGGUGGGGAAGAGCUGAAUGGAGGGAAUGGCCUGAGAAGGCCGGUGUGUGGAGACAAGGUUGAUCUGCAGGUCUGCCCCCUCCUGCUCUUGCCUGUCUGUGGGACCGAUGGCAACACGUACGCCAAUGAAUGCCUGCUCUGUGUGCAGCAAAUGAAAACCAAGCAAGAUAUUCGGAUUUUGAAAGAUGGGGAAUGUCAAGAUACCUGAGUUUUCUGAUAGCUUUUCUGACCCUAGAAAUAAUUGAUUAAUUGUUCUUUGUGCUGAUUACACAUUGAAAUUAGUGAUGGUGAAUAAUAAAAUGCACAAUCUUA